AUGCAUGACAGAAGCGAAGGAGAGAGGGAGGAGGGCAGGGCAACAGAUGACGAGCAUGCCUCGUGCUCAGAUCAGGUCAGCGUCGAGGGUGGCAGCGUGUCAGACACCUCCCGUCCAGGAUCCGGGACAUGGGAUACCGCACAGCUGCGAGGUUCCUUCUCCCCAGACCGCUGCAGUGCGGAAGCUCAGCCAUCCACAUGGUCAUACCAGAGCUUUGCAUUCGCAUCGCAGAACUCAAAGCAAGAGAAGGGGGCCACCCAAGCUGAUGGCGAGCAGCAGAUAAAGCUGGCUCGGCUCCUCUUGUCACGCGGCAAGGCAAAGGAAGCGUUGAGCCUGCUGGACCAUGCAAGGUCAGCGCUGCAGCCGGAUGUGGCCACUCUGUGCCUCAGAGGCCAGUGCUGCAGCGCCCUCGGCAACAACGCUGUGGCUUUUGCGUGCUUCUCCAAUGCUCUGUCCAUGGAGCCCCGGAAUCCAGACACCCUGGUGGCCGCCGCAUCGCUGUACAAGUCCUGCGGCCUGCUGCCCGAGGCGACGCGGUCUCUGGAGCUUGCCCUUGAGGAGCGUCCGGACGAUGCCGUGAUCAAGCAGGCGCUCGCAGUGGUGCUGACCGAUCUAGGGACGAAGCUGAAGGUGAGCGGGCGGCCAGAGGAGGGCUUUGCCAAGUACCGGCAGGCAGCGUCGAUCUGCGCCGCCUACGCGCCGGCCUUCUACAACAUCGGCGUCAUCCACAGCGAGCGCCGCGAAUUCAGCGCGGCCAAGGAACUGUACGCGCGCGCGAUCGCGGCCAAUCCGGGGUACGCGGAGGCGCACUGCAACCUGGGCGUCAUCCACAAGGAGGAGGGCCGCCUGGAGGAAGCCAUAGCAGCCUACGAGCGCGCCCUGGCCAUUGCACCUGAGUUUGCCAUCGUGUCCAACAACCUGGCCAUCGCACUCACCGAGAUGGGCACCCGCGUCAAGGUCGCAGGGGACAUGGCCGGGGGCAUCGCGCUGUACGAGAGGGCGCUGACGUUCAACGCGAAGCAUGCGGACGCGCUGUACAAUCUAGGGGUGGCAUGCGGGGAGACGGGGCAGGUCGCUCGCGCCAUCUUCCUCUACGAGCUUGCCGUCCACUUCAACCCGUCCUGCGCCGAGGCCUGGAACAACCUUGGCGUCCUCCAGCGCGACAUGGGCAAUUUUGAGCGGGCGUUCUCAUGCUACCAGGCGGCGCUGCAGCUGCGUCCCAACUUCCCGCAGGGCCUGAACAACCUGGCGGUGAUCUUCACGGCGCAGGGCCGAGCGCAGGACGCGCUGCAGAUGCUGCAGGCCGCCAUCGCCGCCGCGCCCGACUAUGCCGAGGCCUACAACAACCUCGGCGUGCUCCAGCGCGAGGUCGGCGCCAUCAAGGAGGCGCUGGCGUCGUACAGCAAGUGCCUUGAGCUGGCGCCGAGCUCGCGCAACGCGGGGCAGAACCGGCUGCUGGCGCUCAACUACAUCUGCGAGGACACGGCGGCCGCGCACGAGGAAUGGGGCCGCGACUUCCAGGCCCAGUUCCAACCGCUUGCCCCCGACUUUGACGCGCGUUUCUCAGACCUUGAACGGCCCCUCGUCGUCGGCUAUGUCUCGCCCGACCUUUUCACCCACUCCGUCUCCUACUUCGCCGAAGCCCCUCUCAGCCACCACAAGCAGAGCAGGGUGCGGCACAUAGUGUACAGCUGCGUGCCGAGGGGGGACGCGAAGACGAUGCGGCUGCGGGCGGCGGUGGAGGGCGCGGGCGGGGCCUGGCGCGAGGUGGCGUCUCUGAGCGAGCUGGACCUGGCGCGGCUGGUGCGCGCGGACGCAGUGGACAUCCUGGUCGACCUCACCGGCCACACUGCUAACAACCGCCUCGGCGCCUUCGCCAUGCGCCCCGCACCCCUGCAGGUGACGUGGGUCGGGUACCCCAACUCGACGGGCCUGCCAGCUGUGGAUUUUCGGCUGACGGACGCGGUGGCGGAUCCGCUGGACACGCGGCAGCGCUUUGUGGAGGAGCUGGUUCGGCUGCCGGGCUGCUUCCUGUGCUACACGCCGGCCAUCGACGCGCCGCCCGUGCUGCCCGCACCGGCCGCCGCGGCCGGCUUUGUGACGUUUGGAUCAUUCAACAACCUGGCCAAGAUCACGCCGCGCGUCAUGGCCGCCUGGGCGCGCAUCCUCACCGCCCUGCCCUCCUCGCGCCUCGUUCUAAAAAACAAGCCCUUUGCCUGCGCCAGUGCGCGGUCGCACGUGCUGGGGCAGCUGCAGGCGGCGGGUGUGGAUGCGUCGCGCGUGGACCUGCUGCCGCUGGCUGCGGCCAACAGCGACCACCUGGCCACCUACGCGCUCAUGGACAUCUCCCUCGACCCCUUCCCCUACGCCGGCACCACCACCACCUGCGAAUCCCUCUACAUGGGCGUCCCGGUCAUCACCCUCGCCGGUGGCUGUCACGCGCACAAUGUGGGUGCAUCGCUGCUGGAUGCGAUGGGCAUGCGAGAGGGCUGGGUGGCGCACUCCGAGGACGAGUAUGUGCGCCUGGCCGUCGCAGCGGCGGCUGACGUCCCAAAACUGGCUGCUCUGCGAAUGAACUUGCGCCAGCAGAUGCUGGCAUCGCGCCUGUGCGAUGCGCCGACCUUUGUGCGGCAGCUGGAGGACACCUACCGGCAGCUCUGGCUGCGCCGCGCGGCCGUCUCCCGGGUCGCCGGCGGCGGCGGCUCCGGCGGCGCGGCCGGCAGCCGGGUCGAUCGGCACAACAGCGCCCCCGUCGCUGAUGUAAGUGCUGCCGCCUGGGAGGCCGCGCAGAACGGCCGCGCUGCCACCUCGUGA